AUGAAGUCGAUUUUGUCCCUUUUGGGGCUCGCCUCUGUCUUUGGAAUUGGAAAUGCAUCCCAGGCCAGUGUCUCGACUGGUGCAACUAUAAACACCUCCUUAGGAAGCUUCGACCUUACUACCGGGGCUGCCUGUGCCUGCAAGAAGCUCUCCAGCUUGUACCCAAGCCAGUUCAUCUUUCCCGGCUCGUCCAAUUACACAACCCAGGCUGUAUACUACUGGGAUAUCCGCGCGGACCUGAGCCCAGCUUGCAUUUUCAUGCCUAACACAGAUGAACAAGUUGCUACUGCUGUUAAGACAUGUGUCCAGUGCGAUGCUCAGUUUGCCGUUCGUGGCGGUGGUCACAUGAACUUCCCCGGAUCCAACAAUAUCGAUGGUGGUGUUUUAUUGGCUUUCAACAACAUGACAAGCUACAAGGUGAACAGUGAUACCAUCGAAGUUCAGCCAGGAAUGACUUGGUACGAUGUUUACUCGGCACUUGAUCCGUACGGCCGCACUGCUAUUGGUGGUCGCUUGAAGACCAUCGGUGUUCCUGGACUUACUCUUAUUGGUGGUGUAUCUUAUUUCAUCAACAAGUACGGCUUUGCCAUGGAUAACGUCGCGAGCUACGAUGUCGUUCUUGGUAACGGAACCCAAGUCAUCGCAAACUCGACUUCCAAUCCCAACCUUUUCUGGGCUCUGAAAGGUGGUGCUAAUAACUUUGGAAUUGUUACCAAAUUCACUCUGAAGACAUACUAUAUGCCACACAUUAGUACCACGAUCCAGACCUUCAACGAGACCUACGCAUACGAUUACACCAAGGCUGUUUGCUCCUGGGCCACUGCCGACUCCGAGAGCCCUGUUGCUGCUGGAUCUGUGAUUACUGUCACUUACAAUGCUACAACCAAGGUUUUGGAACCAAUGAUUCUCGGUGUCCAGGCUGGUGUCAGCAACCCACCUUCAGAAUUUGCCAACUUCACUGCUAUCCCCGGUACUGCCAAGAUCAACAAUGUCACCACUGGCAAGCAGUGGGCCUCAACUCUAGACUCGCCUAAGCAGAUGUUCCGUGUUAUGUUCGCUCAUCACUCGAUGGUUCCCGAUGCAGAUGUUCUCUACGGAAUGCUGCAGAAAUGGAAGGCGUCAGUUGAUGAAAUUUCAGAUGUCCAAGGACUCUACCCUACAUUCGUCAUGAAUAUCUCUCCUGCUAGCGCUGCUAGAGUGGCUCAGAAGAACGGUGUUGGUAACGUUUGGGGUCUGGAUGAUGAGCCUCUGAUCUGGUGGCAACUCAGCACCGGCUGGGACCUAGCGCAGGAUGAUCUUCGUGUUCAGGGCUGGGCUCGUCAGCUGACUGAGCAUAUGCACGCAGAGAACCAGAAGAAUGGUCUUGCCCGGGAGUUCGUGUAUAUGGGCGAUGCAGGCGAGUGGCAAGACCCAUUCAAGGGCUUCGACCAGGAAAAUGUUGAGCGCAUGAGAGAGAUCAGAGCUGCCUAUGAUCCCAAGAAGACCUUCUCCAAGUUGAACUGGGGUGGCUUCAAGCUUGGCUACUAG